CACCUGUGUCUCUUGAGCUAACGGCAGACUCGAAGGACUCGGCUUGAUGUGCUCGUCAAAAGGAAAAGUUCUUCGUGGUUUUUCAAAUUUGGCGUCUUUCAAAUAAAAAAAAGAGGAGACAGUUGGUGACAUCAUUGUAGACUUUAGCUUUCAGGCUAAAAACAUCCAUAUCGAUUCACUUUCCACUCAAAUUGGCUAAUCUUAGCUGAGUUAGUAACGGGGAAAAACUGACAACUUUACAUCGUUUGUCAGUUAUUGAGACGGUUAGUGAUUUGGUGGUGUAAACGGUAAAACCGCUUGUUAACAAUAUUUUUCCAGUUUUUUUCCUUUCAAAUAUAACAAUGAGAGAAAUGCUAAAGAGUGUGAACCACCAGCAGGCCAGUCAGCUGCUUCAUAACAAGUUUGUGGUUGUGUUGGGAGACUCCAUUCAGCGGUCUGUUUACAAGGACCUUGUUGUAUUGCUGCAAAAGGACAAAUUCCUCUCCUUAAGACAACUAAAGAGCAAGGGUGAGAUGAGCUUUGAACAGGACUGCCUGAUCGAAGGGGGAUGUCUGAGUCAAAUGACCAAUGGGACGGAGUACAAGGAGGUCCGACAGUUCCAGUCUGAUCACCAUCUGGUUCGGUUUUACUUUGUGACCCGCAUCUUCUCCCGAUACAUGGAGAGCAUCAUAGAGGACUUCCGCCAUGGCUUGAAACCUGAUGUACUCAUUGUCAACUCCUGUGUAUGGGACAUUUCAAGAUAUAAUUCCAGUUGGCUUGACGACUAUAAGGAGAACCUUGACAAGUUCUUUGAUGUACUGAGUGAGAGUCUCCCAGAGGAUACGCUGGUCAUAUGGAACCUCACAAUGCCCUUGGGAAAGAAGAUCAAAGGUGGUUUCCUGGUGCCUGAGAUUGAGCACAAAGCUCCCCAGUUGCGAUACGAUGUGGUUGAAGCCAACUUCUUCAGUGGGACCCUGGCGGACGCCUAUGAGAAGGAUGUGUUGGACCUCCACUUCCAGUUUCGCUUCUCUCUGCACCAUCGUACAAAGGAUGGAGUCCACUGGAAUGCCAUUGCCCACCGCAGGAUAACUUGUCUUCUGUUACAACACAUUGCACAAGCUUGGGGUGUGAUAUUGCCCUGUCCCCUGAUCGCUGUUGGAGAAGAGCACCAUUCAGCAGCAGUGAAUUACAAUAACAGGGAGGAGUUCUUCAGCAAUUCUGUCGACUACUUGAACUCAGACAACAGGCCAUGGCAACAACCAGAUCGCUAUGAGGUUCCAAGACUUUUCAGAACUGCCCUCCAGCAGUCUCUACCAGUCCAAAGACCUCAGCAUCAACGUAAACAAGAUAGACAUGAUUUCAACUACAGACCUUCCCACCACUUUGAGCCCUACAGAGAGGACCAUCAUCAGUAUGUGAUGAGGAGCCGACACACAAGACGCCAAUACGUCCCAUACACCCACCACAAACCUAAUGCUGGUCGCGGCUACUACUGAUGCAGAGGUGCUUUUAAGCUUCAGACAUGGUCACAUUCCAGCUACUGUGCUUUCUGGCCCAGAGAACUAGAGGCAUUUUUCUUAUUCUGUUUUAGUGUCUUUUUGUAGUUUUAAAUUAUUUUCUUCAGUACAGAGUUUUUGAUAACAUUUUUGUCAUUUGAUACAUUUUUAAUUCGGCAGUAUCAUUUGUCUGGUGCUGCUUUCUAUUAAAUUUGACAGAUUUGAAGACUGAACUGUUUCACCUGUAAAGUUCACGCUUUGUCAAAAACCAAUGCCAAUUGUUGACUCGUGUUCCGUUGCAUAGAUGGCUUUUUUUUUUCUCCUUUUCUUUUUGAAGGCCCCACUUCGAAAGGUGUGUGUGAAAUAAGUGUUUUAAUGUUAAGUGAGAAUAAAGUUUAACUAAAGUUGC